AUGAAAAGGAGAAAUAACGAGGACGAGAGCGAGGAAACCCCCAAAGCGAAGCGAGGAGAGCAGACCAGAGGAGGAGGAAGGGCAGCGGCCGGGAGCGGGCGAGCCGUUGGCGGCAGCGUCUCCCGCAGAAGGGCAUGGGCGGUGAGGGGCGCGCCGGAGGGUCCCGGGGCGCCCGCGGGCCCGUGCUCACUCGGGCGUACCCAGGGAAGGCGGGUAAUGCCCGGCCCUCGCCGCCCCGCGUCCACUGGGCCAUCGGGUGCCCGGACACCAUAUGCUAAUGGCACGGCGCCCGAGGUUUACUCUUCCCGCUCGGCCGCCCCCGCGCCCAAUAACCCGCCCGCCCACCUCCCCUCGCCGCCCACACCCCUCCCGCCCCCACCCACCUGGCCUUCGAAAAAACAUGCCUAA